AUGCACGCCGCACUAGCGAUCGACGAAAUCCUCUCCAAAAUCAUAGCGUUUACAUUAAGGCGCAAGUCCGUCCAAGACGACGCGGCGUCCCUCGACGCGUCAUCCCGACACGGUCUGUUACAAGUGGCUCUGGUCUGCAAGGCCUUCUGGGAGCCGGCUAUGUCUAUGCUCUGGCGAACUCUGGACUCGCUUGAACCCUUACUUCUUCUGGUCCCUGGCCUCCAGAUCCACGAUGAUUCUUGUGUUUUGGAUCAAGAUCUGGUUAUUGAGGACAUUUCGACUCUCCGGAAGUACGCACGACAUGUACGGACAGUCGCCCUCAAGCGCAAUAUAACGGUGCCUACUCCGAUACUGGCGAAGAUUCGCGUGGCCACGGGGGCAGAAUCUCUCUUACCUCGUCUCAGGGUCUUAUAUUGCGUCAAAGAGGGAUUCUCGCAUGAAAUAUCUCUCUGCCUCUCGUCCACCGUGGAGCAACUCACUGUCAUUCUCUCCAAGGAUUCUCGUGAGGGUACCGACCGGGAAGCGUUGGCCGCGUUCCUCAGUGGCCUGCUGUCCAUGAAAGAUCCAGAGGCCAGACUGACUCUGCUACAUAUAACCGGGCGCUUAUUGGAAGGAACUAUGAAGAUGGUGUCGGCCUUCCCGAAACUACGAGAGGUUGGUUUAUCGCUUCACAGCUCGACUGAUCCGGAUUCUUCAAAUUCUGGGGGCGUUGGCAAGAGUCUCCUUCCGGCUCUAUCGCAAAUGGAAUACCUUACACGUCUGGACCUGGAUGUAGCCGGAUCCGACCCCUUCGUCUUACCGCUCGCCUUGCCCUCUCUGCAACAUCUUCGACUAAUCGGGCUCUGCUCGGUGAUAUUGAGCGCUUUGCAUGGUUCCUCCUUGCCUAGCCUGGUCGAGUUGAACAUCGUGGUCCUUCGCCAGCAAUCCGGCUCGCUAGACGGUAUACUGUCCUCUCGGAUCUCCUACUUCAACCUUCGGAUCCUUGUCAUACGUCUGGUAGGAUCGCAGACCGACAGCCCUCUCCGCGGGCGAGAUCUACUUGCACCACUCCUCCGCCUGCGGGCGCUCCAAGUAUUUCGCCUUAACUCGAGGAACAUACGCGUCGACCUCGACAACGAAGACAUGGCGCUCAUCGCCAAAGCCUGGCCGGAGCUCUUCCUCCUAAACAUAUUCACGCCCUUGCCAACGGAUUGCAAGGCUCCAAACCUUCUGGGGCUGAUACCGUUCGCUGAGCACUGUCCUCACCUUAGCUAUCUAACGGUGCCCGUCAACGCUAACUGCGCACUCCCGUCUCAGCCCCCGGUUUUCCUCCAUGAGCUGCGGCACAUCGAUCUCAUGGAUUCGCCAGUGACGGUUGCGCCGCACGUGGUAGCCAGGUUUCUACACUGCCUUUUCCCAAUGUGUGCGGGGCCGCGUCCGAGUGGACACAAGUACCGCUACCCUUGGCCCCGGGUUUACUGGUUUCUGGGAAUGAUACAUACUAUCCUGACGGACAACAGUCGGAGGAUAAAGGUGUCAUUGGCUGCGCGGACCCUCAGCGGCUCCGUGGACGAUGCGGUCGAUGACCAUGAACCAUCUCACCACGUAUCUGGCCUUUGA